AUGGUGAUCGACUAUGAAGACGAUAAGAACUCUAUGAUCGCUCUUGCAGAACAAGAGAAUAUACAUUUUUAUGACGACUUUUACGAUGAAAUGGACAGUCGAAUCAAAAUGGAGAAUUCCAUGAAUAUGAUUUUCUUUGGACCCGUAAGCUCGUUCAUGAGAAUAGAUGCUGAAAGUUUGUUGCACAUUUUGACUUUCACUAAAAAACAUUUGAUUCCGAUAUCACGGACUAUUUUAAUAUGGGACUUGAUCACAGACGGUAAGACCGCUGCUUUCCUCUAUAGUCGAGAGUACUUAGCACUCGGACCUCUCCUGAAUUUUGUACCAGAAGAAGAUUUAUAUUAUGUAAAUUUUGGAGAUAAAAGCGUUCUUAGUUUUUUUGCGAAUCACAACUUGGGCUUGCACUCGCGAAAGUACGGUGUACUUGCGGCUUCGUAUAGACGUUACUAUGGCGACAUGUGGUAUGAGGAUAGUGAUUACAUAAACGAACUGGGAUACCUAAUAUGCGGUUUCCCGGCGCAUAUAAUAAGCAAAAUUACCCCAGCUGUGUUUAAAAAGAUCGACGUAGAAAUUUUUAAGAAGCUUAGCUUGUGUUCCGUUAACCAAACGAAGACUCUUUAUAACUUAGCGACACAUAAAAAUGCCUAUGGCAAGCCGUACAAAUGGUCAUCGCAUGAAAUCACAAAACUAGAUAUUCUUUUCAUUUGUGUACCUAAAGAAUCGAUCAGUUCAAUCAGGCUUGAAGCGAUCCCAGCCAUAAGCAAACACAUAAUGGAAAUGAUACAUCAAGAUAAAUUGGAAUAUUUCACGAAGCAACAAAUACUAAGAAUGAACCCAGAGGCGCGCCGCAUGUACAUCAUAAGGGUACAAUUGAGAACCAGUCUCGACACUUCUCAAAUCGCCAAACAAGAUGCUAAUGCAAUAAAAAAAUCUGUUCUUCUUGCUUUAAUUUAUGUUUUUACUCUAAUAUUAAAAUAA